AUGGGCUCUGAAGGCCCCAUGGCCGGGAAAGGCUACGGAGGUGGUGACAUUUUUGUUGGUGGUGCUCGGCCAUUUGGCGUAACCAAGGUUGGGAUUGAUACGACAGCUGCAAAUUGGUCGAUUGCAGUGCUUAACGGUGGCUGGACUCCUGAUGGGAAUGUUACUGCCAUUAGCAUGAUGCACGAGAGCGGGACUGGAGGCGCCCCAAAAUAUGGGAUUAUCCCACAGAUGCCUCUCACCGACGUGGCUCCUCCAGUGAAUAUACUUGAUAAUCUCACAUAUAGCCAGCCGAGGGUCGGUCAAGAUACCGCGAGUGUGGGUUAUUUCAAAACCCAAUUACAAAAUGGCGUUCAAGUGGAAUUAUCAGCAUCUCGCCACGCCGGAAUAAUGCAGUACUCUUUUCCAAAAGGCGAAAAUACCUUCCUGGAUCACCAAGUGACCCGAAUGGCCAAUACUAUAUCGGCGGAGAAGUUCAAGUCCAUGAAGAUGGCCGAGAAUAUAGUGGAUAUGGGACCUAUAUUGGUGGUUGGAAUAAUGGUGCCCCUUUCACUGUCUUCUUCUACGGAGAGUUUUCUGAAACCCCGGGAUCGGCCACUACAUUUACAGGUAGAAACACCGAUCCAAUAA